AGCUGUUUGUUUCCAUGGAGCCGAUAGAAGCUAGAAACUUCGAUUUACGGAUUAGCUAGCUAGCUAACAGCUGUUUAGCCCGUUAGUGUGUUGUUGUCACCCAGAUAUCAGGAUGUCAGGAUCACCAUAUAGCGAUGAUCUCGAGACUCUGUUUUCAUUUGAACUUUUGGUGGAAUACAUCCGAGUCGAGAAAGAAAUCCAAGUGUCCGACGAGCUGGCUCUUGGAGUGCGACUGCUGGAUUUCCCAACGCUGCUCGUCCAUCGGCCUCGGCAGUGUCAUGACGGGAAGGAUCAGCAGGGAGAACACGCCUUUAACAGGGGGAAGUCUUGUUUCUUCAAAAUGAACCGGAACUCGCUGCAUGUCAAUUUAUCCAGCACCCCUCUCUAUGUCAUGGUGUUGGAUGUGAAAGAGGAGAUCCCCAGACUAGUUGGUACCUCGCUCAUCUCACUGGCGAGAGCGAUGGACAGAAUCCGCCAGGAUGUGAAUGACCAUGGUGUAUCUCGUCCCUCGUCUCAUGGCGAAAGGGGAGUUGUUGGCGUUUGCGACUUUACAGGGAAGAAAAUUGGAUCAAUUUCCCUGAGUUACAAACUGUUAAGCCUGGGAGCUAGUUUACUAUCACGUAUCACAAAGACGGGUCUUAAAAGCACCAGUGUACAUGGAGGACAACAUGUGCAUCAAAGUAUCACGGUGAAAAGCAUCCCAGAAUCCCUGCCCCUUGACCGUGGGAAUGUCUGCCCAACCACACUGGUCGAGUCUGAUGCCCGCAGAGACCUUGAAAACAACAAACAAUCAAAUGAAAAAGCCUUAAACCUAACAAAUGAGGACAAACAGGGCAGUGGCCCAAUGCCUCAGACAGUCAAAGAAACAGAAAGGAACUUUGACGAAGAUUUAACAAUAUUUUGUCCGCCUCACCUCUUCUACAGUAAUUCUGCAGAGGAAAAAAACAGAAAUGAAGGAGGGGAUCGCAAAUUAGCGAAUCUAGACCCAGAUGUUUUUACAUUUGAAGACAAAUGUUCAGAAGAAAGUACAGGUUCUCCAGUAAUGGACCGGAGAGUUAGACGUGAAAACCCCCCAAGAAACCCAGAAACAAGUGAGGGGACUCCGAAUGCCCUUGGGGAGGCCUUACGCCAGUUGCCUCUACUAAACGCUCUUCUUGUUGAGCUGUCACAGUUGAAUGGCCAGAACCCACACCAGCCCGUGUCUAUUCAUCCCAACCUCUCUUGGAUUUACGGGCCUUCUCCCACGCAGCCUUCUGCUGGGUAUGGAAACGCCCCAAGAAAGGAGCAGGCCGACUCGUCGCAGAAAAACGGUCAGGGAACCGGUCCCCACUUUAAACACGUACAUUCCCCCAGAUACCGUUCCACACCAGCAGUUCGGCCUGCAUCUGUAAAAGUGAAAAACAAACAAGAGGAGGCUUUGAUCCAGAGUAAAAGCUCUAGCAAGUCUCCAAGGAAGCUCGUGUAUGGCACAACUAAAACAUUCAAUCUGAGGCUGAAGCAAAUCCCUCCACUUAAAAUAGAACGUCGUGAAUGCACGGACUUGAUGCAGAAUGAAGUGCAGUCAAGUCUGGCCAAAGGGAAGAUGAAAUCAAGUAAUAAGAUUGUGAAGCCCAGCAAAAGAAAAUCAGAGAGCAGAACUCAAAAUCAGAGCUCCAGUCUGAAUGAAAAUGUAGAGACAAUGAUGCAAACCGUUGCAGUGGACUCUGCACUACGAGGAACUAUCACACUAAAACGGAAAACCCUGCGUGGGAAAGUUCACGGUGAACAAGACGGAGACUCCUCGAGAGUUUCACAAAGGCUUUCCCUUUCUGAAAGAGGCUUGAAAUGUAUUCACGUCCCCUGUGCGGAUGGGGAUAAUGUUGCCUGGAGCAACGACAAGAAGGAGCGCCUUAGUGAAUCAAAUCAAGUCGGGUCGCAGUUAGAAGCUGACGGGCACGGAGAGAAAAUUGAGUCUCCGGGAAGCCGCCGAGACAUCACCACCAAAUCUUCAUUUUCAGACUCCAGUGGGGAAGGAAACGAGGAGGCGGACUAUGCCGAUGACUUUAACAGCCUCGAGCUCAGUGAGGCCUUCUCCCCUGACCCCUUGAGUAGCCCAGAGUCCUCCGGAGCCAAGACCUCCCGCUCUCCUGUCCGCCUGGACCUCUGCAACUCCGACUCUGACCGUUUCCGGAGGAGAGCAGUCCUCCCCGUGCCCGUCAAAGCCCCCGGCUCUCCGCAGCGCGCUCUGAGGGCCACGUGUGUUAUCCGGCCUCGAACCCACGCCUCGGCCCUCAGCUUCUCAUCCGAGGACGGAGACAGAGAUGGGUCGGGCUCCUUGCUAACCAUAUGCUCCAGAAAAACAAUCAUGACGGGCAGUGGUAGGGUGGAAGGGGGCUCCGGGACUGACGGUUUUGGAUCCUCAAGGGGUCAAAGGAGCGGGUCAACCAAGGACAGCGGUCCUGCCCGGGGAUUUUCUGCAGAAUCGGUAUCCUCCGUUGAACUGCGAGAGGUCGAGGAACUGGAGGAUGAGCUUGGUUCUCUGGAUUUCAAAAAGAAUUAUCGGCAUAUAUCUGAGCUAGUGGCCAACAAACUCCCUGGUUACACGAUGUAAAGUAAUAAAAUGUAGAAUUCCCCAUUAUGGUAACACCAACGCUACACUAUCUCCCCUAAUCAAGUGAAACGGAUGAGUAGUAUUGUAGUGUACAAAUCCAGGAAAUGUGUAUCUAUGUGUACGUUUUCCUUUCAGUUAUGAUAACUGACAACUUUUGAAUAAA